AUGCGGAAGCAAGGCACUACCCUGUGGGAUGGUAUCAAGAAUGGUAGAUGGGCAGCGAAGUAUAUUGUGCCAGAAGCGCAAUCCCACUUCCGGACACAAAGCUCAGAAGAUGCUGAAUCGGCUCUCAAACUAGUCACCACGUUGCAAGAUUUCGCCUGGGACAAUCUGUACGUGACUACACGUAUUGACACCAAUUCCUUAACUCUGGCAGCUGUUUUCGCAAAUCAAGGCUCCCUCCCUGAUCUGCGUCUGGCCCAGAAUUCGCUCAAAUAUGUCAAUCUGCUCUCCGAACUGUUUGACGAAUAUCAGAGCAUGUGCGACGCCGCAUCUUUCGGGAUCCGAGCACCGUUUGAGGAUGACUCGGACGAAGGCCGUGCAUUGAAGGACGCCUUGUUUCCUCAGGGACGCGACGAUCAUGAACAGGGAAUGGCGAUCGUUAAGGUUUUUCUCUGGUCGGCUUGGCAGCGCUCUGUAAUGCUUCAUUUCUAUUAUGUGAUUGGAGUUCAACUCGCCCAUGGGUAUUCAUCUACCUGGAACACUCUCCUGGCUGUUCGAGGCCUCCAUGAACUGGAGAAUCUCUCCCGAGAUGCAUAUCGCGGCAAGUGCACCGACUACCUGUGCAACUGGGCUUUUGAACUUCUAAGAACAAGUCGCACAUCUGUUGGGCUUGAUUUUCGCCGGAUGAUUUCCAGGUUCGAUGCUCACUUCGGCGGACGGCAUGGAAGGUGCAUCAAGGACUCGAUUCAAGCCUGUGAAGGUAGUCAGCCAGAGACUUGCCAGAGGUUUACUGCUGCAGAAGCCGCCGUGCAAUCAGCACAUUCAUCUGACUGCAACAAGCGAUGCUCGAGAAUUAUCUGGAACGCCUCUUCGUACCACGAGUGUCGGAAGCCCGCGGCUAUUAGGGCAGUCAAGGACUCGGCAUCCUUGGGCUACUCUCCUGUUUCUUCCCAGACGCUUGCAAUUUCUCACGUCUGGAGCCAUGGACAAGGCGGUCGUCCCGAGACUGGUAUCAACACCUGUCUACACCGACGGUAUUGCCGUUUGGCCUGUCAAUUUGGGUGUGAUACGUAUUGGAUUGACGCCGCAUGUAUUCCAAGUGAGACCACUCUACGACGGCAGGCCAUCAACAGCAUCAACGAUAUCUUCGCCGCGGCAAAGGUAACCCUGGUUAUUGACAUGGAUGUCCAAUCCGUCGACGUGACACUACCAAACCCUAGCAUUGCAGAAAUUGAGACCCUUGUCGCUACGCUAUUGGUGAGUGAUUGGACUGUCCGUGGCUGGACACUGCUUGAAGGCAUCCGUGGCAGUGGUGCGAUCUGGCUGCUUUGCAAGGACGACGGAGUCCUCAACCUUCGUCAAGCUCUCGUCAUCUUACACGAGCGCGGUGCGGUCGACAUUGCUGUUCUGCUGGGGAGCGCGCAACAUCUGAUCCCUCACUCAAAUCCGGCGUCUAGGAAGACCGUCGAAGAAGCAGGUUAUCUCCUCAGUCAACGCCACACAUCCUGGCCUGAAGAUGUUAUCAUUUGUUGGACUUUGCUAAUCAAAGCGCGUGUGAGAAGACAGGCUGCUGAUCUCUGGAAGAAUGAGAAGCGAGUCAGAAGUGGAUAUAUCUUGUCGAGCGCUCCACGUGUCGGCAUGAUCCAAGGUUUCAGUUGGGCACCCCAAACGCCGUACAUUCGACCAGUCAGGAGAUCUGUUAGGCUUGAAGACGGGAGGAGGCAAGAAUACACAGUGAGAUUUCCGUCAUAUGAUGGAGAGGGUAGCCUGUUUGUCGAUAUCACAGAGGAGGGAUUGCGCGGAAAAUGGCGCGUUGUGAAGGUUGAUCGCUCACUACUAGAAAAUAAUAGGGAGUUGUGCUGCGAGCUGACGCUCACCCCGGAGGCAUGGGAGGAUGACGAGAUGGAUCUUGAAAACGCUGAAUUGAUAUAUGCUCAUCCGGACGACGCACUGGCUUGGCUUACAAUCGAAGAGUUACUUGACCAGGGAGCCCAGGUAAGGCUUCUCAGAGCAGCGGCUGAAGAUGGCGUGUCUCCGGCCGUCGGCAGCAGCCAGCGAGGGGGAAAUUUUGGACUGGUUGCGGCGAUUUGUGCCAGCUUCAACCGAGGGUUAUCGUGGGAAUGGAAGGGGGUAUACUCCUGGCAAGAGAGUGAGAAUUAUCAAGGAUGGGAAGUCGACGAGAUGUUGAUCAUUUAG